AUGUCCAAUCCGCCGCCUCCAGGUUCCAAGUCCAGCUCAUCCACGCCUCAACCUCACCCGUCGCUCCCUGCGCGUCCACCGCCACCUGCGCAGCCUGCAGCCUUCUCCAAGUUCCCUAGUGCUUCUGCCGCAACCGGCAAGCCCCCAGGCGCGGGCGGAUAUGGCGCCUUUACAGGCUUCAAGCCCCGCAGCGUAGCCGCCAACACCCAGACAUGGCAGUCGCAGCCCCCGACCGUCUCUGCCGGGCCUCAGCCCCCGAGUGCGUAUCAGGCAGCUCAGUCCAGCUACGUCGGCGGUGGGUAUCAGCAGCCUGCCUACCAGCAGCAACAACCUUCGUACUAUCAGCAGCCUAGUGUCGACCCAUACUCGAACCCAACGCCGCCUCAGAUUCGCAAUCCCUUCCCGGCCCCUGGCCAGGACCAGAGCGGUGGCUAUGGUGCUGGAAACAGCAGCUACGAUCCCGAGUAUGAGGCUCAAAUCGCCCAGUGGCAGAGUGCGUACGCGAACAGAGAUGAUGCUGCCCCGAAGGGUGCUAAAGGUCGUGAGAUGCCUACCAAUGCGAACAAUACGCCCUUGGGCGAAAAGGCCGGGGGAUCGACAGCGCUCAGCAGUAAAGAGCUCCAAUCGGCGGUCAGCUCAGAUACGGGCGUCGCCGCCGUCGUCUCAGGUCCUGAUGGAAAGCAGAAGACUGUCGUGCGGCAAGGUGGAGGGCAGACGUGGAGCGACACCACAUUGCUAGAAUGGGACCCGGCUCACUUCCGUCUGUUUGUCGGCAACUUAGCCGGUGAAGUUACCGAUGAAUCCCUCCAUAAAGCCUUCUCUCGCUUCACUUCUAUCCAGAAGGCACGUGUCGUAAGAGACAAGCGAACCACGAAGAGCAAAGGGUACGGAUUCGUGAGCUUCAGCAAUGGAGAUGACUACUUCCAAGCCGCCAAGGAGAUGCAGGGCAAGUAUAUUGGCAGCCACCCUGUCCUUGUCAAGCGCAGUACUACCGAGAUCAAGGCUGUCGUGCCCAAGGAUAACAAGAAGAACAACAAGGGUGGGAAGCAUGGAGGGCAUGGCCAUGGUGGAAACGCGAACACUGGAGCAGGUGUUCAGAAGAAACAGAGCAAGACGAAGGGAGGCCUUAGGAUCCUGGGUUGA